AUGGAGACGAGACAGGUCAACCCCUGGUGCUCCGUGGCGUCGCCCGUGGACGUGACCUCGCACCACGCCAAGGGCCCCGGGUUGUGGGUCUGCCCGAGCUGCGACCACCUCUACGACAAGGAGGCCAUUCAGUCGCGGCUGGUCGGAUUGCUGGAGAGCGUCGUGCAGGCAUGGCAAUCCCAGGAGAUCAGUUGCAAGAAGUGCAAGCGGUUGAAGCCGUCCAGGAUGCAGACGCAUUGCGAGUGCUUCGGGCGCUUCGAGGUCAACUUCACCGAGGAGGACUUCGAGCUGGUGCUGCACGUGCUGCGGUCGCUGUGCGCGCCGCACGACCUGCCGUCGCUGCAGGAGGCGCUGGACCUCUGCAGCCUGUGA